UCCCCUCAUUUCUUCUUGUUGGAGGAAAACGUUGCCGUCUGUCGUCUUCUUUAGAGUCGUUUGGUUUGCUGAUGGAAAGUUAUUCACUUUGUAGCAGUUCUUUAUUCUGCUCAACAUAACAUUCACUAGAAUAGCGUAUUAUUAACUUUCUUGAGCUUACUCUGCGACCCUUUGAAAGAAGAAUGCUCAACUCUCAGUCUUCUACCGUCAACUGUAGUCAAGGUCCUACCGUAAGAUCAUAUGCCAAUGAACAAGUCCCCAACAAAGACUUGUAUACUUCGUUUGAGGAUCACCACCCUGAGGAAGAAACAAAGCCAAAGUUAGUUGCGAUAGAUUCUGCUACUUGGGACAACGAAAUACACAAGACCCCCUUAUCUGGUUCUAGCGAAGACUCUCAGGAAAGAUGGAGUUACGAAAGUGCCUCUCUAUCCAACUGUCUUAGUGGAGACUUGGAAGUUGCCAGAUUUCGAAACUGGAUGGAAGGGGAAUCCUUUGUGGAUAUAAAGAGCUUGAGGGAAGCUGCUGUACUUGGUAUUCCAGUAGAGGUUCGAGGUGAAGUGUGGAAGUUUCUACUAAACGUUUCCAAGCCAGAUAGAAGUGAGGAACUAACCAUGAGACGUCAGAUGACUUUGGAAUACAACGAACUUCGUUCUAAAGCUUCCCAAGACGACGAAAUGAUGAGAAGAGUUCGAAAUGAAGUUAAGAGGAGAACAAGUCGUAAUACGUUCCGUAGCAACUCUCUUAGCAAACUUGGUGAGGAAACUUUACAAAGUAUAUUUUCCAAUAUUAUCGGUGCUUUUUUGGCUUCAGAAGAGAAUUUUGAAUAUGAUUCGGUGUUGGUUUCCAUUUUGGCACCAUUUGUUACCGUAUUUGAGUUGAACGAAGUGGACAGUUUUUACUGUUUUCAAUCUCUUAUGAGAAAGCACGAAGUUGUUCGUUGUAUGAAAACGCAAAACGCAGCCGUAGCCAAUUUUAUGAUGCUUUUUCGAACAUUGCAACCUGAACUUUGUGAAUUCUUUGAAAGUGAAGAAUUGGAACCUUUUGAUUGGAUUCCAAGUUGGAUUCGAAACUUGUUAUCACGUGAACUUCCCAUGGAAUGUGUUUUGAGACUUUGGGAUACCUAUUUUGCUUCAGAAGAGGGUUUACAUUUGCAUGGUUAUGUUUGUUUGGCAGUUAUGGAUAUGCUUCAAGAGGAAUUAUUAGAGUUAGAUGGACUUGAGUUGAAAGGAUAUUUACAGAACCUUCCUGCGGUAGAUAUGGAUCAAGUCAUCACUCGAGCCUACAACAUUAGGGAAGAUGUAGUUGGCUUAGGACUCAUAUAAAGAGUGAGUGAUUGCAGGAUAUUAUAAUUGG